UACAGCGAACGUCUUUGUGCUUACAAGCAAUAGUGAAAUAAAUAUAAUGAAAAUCGCAGUUUUGGGAGCAGGUAUCAACGGCAUAUCCUGUGCUGUUAAAAUAAAGGAGAAAUAUCCAGACAUACAUGUAACGAUACUCUCUGAAGCCUUUACUCCCAAUACUACAGGAGAUGGGUCUGGAGGUCUAUGGAAUCCGUAUUUGUGUGGAAAAACACCAGAAACGUUGCUCAGUAAAUGGGGAGAUGAGACCUACAAACUCUAUCACAAGUUAUGGCUGGAAGGUGGUCUGGAUCUGUGUCUGAUACCGCUUUACGAGGUACAUGAAGAUGAAGAGAGCUAUAAGGUACCGCAAUGGUCGAAACUGGUGUUCGGUUUCUCGGUCAUGGAUGAAAAGCUGUUGAGCUACUUGAAUAGGGUGUAUUCUAAGAAUUAUCGGGCCGGUCACACAUACACAUCAUUCGUCGUAUCCCCUCAGUCGAUCCUGGCGUACUUCUACAAACGGUUUAAGGAUGCUGGGGGUGAGUUAAAGCAGGCCACGAUCUCUUCCCUGAAUGAUGAUCAGCUGAGGGAAUAUGAUGUGGUAAUCAACUGCCUCGGGCUUGGGGCGAGGGUGGUGGUCCCUGAUGAUAAGGUCACGCCGAUUAGGGGGCAGAUUUGUAAGGUAAAAGCACCAUGGGUAUAUCACACAGUCUUGGACGAGACGACGGGUCACUACAUCAUACCAAAUGUGAACUUCUGCGUCCUCGGUGGCACUCACCAGGUGGACAACUAUAGCACGGCGCUGGACCCAGCUGACACGGAGUUCGUGGUGAAUGGCUGCCAGAAGACCAUGCCCGGGUUAAAGCAUGCAGAAACCAUCUACCACUGGGCAGGUUUGAGGCCGGGCAGGGACGAGGUCAGACUUGAGUUCGAACGACGCAAUGGCAGAGCAGUCAUACAUAACUACGGGCAUGGAGGCAGUGGCUUUACAUUAUUCUGGGGUUGCAGUACCGACGUUUUAACAUUCCUAGAAAAACACGUCCUAGGCAAGAAAGAGACAAGUAAACUAUAGAGAGAGGCAAACAUAUCGAUAAACGUUCAGUCCAACAGAUCCGCAGUACCAAUUUGGAACUUUAUUUUCAUAUUGGUUGGAAUAAGGUCGAAAGUGGCAUGCCGAAGGUGUUAUUACUAAAUAGCUAUGUCCACACUAUGCGCUUUCGUCUUUAA